AACUGACCUGGAGGCGGAGCCUGCAGCAGGCGUGGAGACUCGGCGCUCGGGAGGCUCGGGCUCCGCGUGGGGUCUGCACCUCCGGGCAGCAGCUGCAGCCGAGACUCACGGUCAAGCUACGGCGAAGAGUGGGUGGCUGAAGCCAUACUCUUUUAUAGAAUUAAUGGAAAGCAGAAAAGACAUCACAAGGCAAGAAGAACUUUGGAAAAUGAAGCCUAGGAGAAAUUUAGAAGAAGAUGAUUAUUUGCAUAAGGACACAGGAGAGACCAGCAUGCUAAAAAGACCUGUGCUUUUGCAUUUGCACCAAACAGCCCAUGCUGAUGAAUUUGACUGCCCUUCAGAACUUCAGCACACACAGAAACUCUUUCCACAAUGGCACUUGCCAAUUAAAAUAGCUGCUAUUAUAGCAUCUCUGACUUUUCUUUACACUCUUGUGAGGGAAGUAAUUCACCCUUUAGCAACUUCCCAUCAACAGUACUUUUAUAAAAUUCCAAUCCUGGUUGUCAACAAAGUCUUGCCAAUGGUCUCCAUCACUCUGUUGGCAUUGGUUUAUCUGCCAGGUGUGAUCGCAGCAAUUGUCCAACUUCAUAAUGGAACCAAGUACAAGAAGUUUCCACAUUGGCUGGACAUGUGGAUGUUAACAAGAAAGCAGUUUGGGCUUCUCAGUUUCUUUUUUGCUGUACUGCAUGCAAUUUAUAGUCUGUCUUACCCAAUGAGGCGUUCCUACAGAUAUAAGUUGCUAAACUGGGCAUAUCAACAGGUCCAACAAAAUAAAGAAGAUGCCUGGAUUGAGCAUGAUGUUUGGAGAAUGGAGAUUUAUGUGUCUCUGGGAAUUGUAGGACUGGCAAUACUGGCUCUGUUGGCUGUGACAUCUAUUCCAUCUGUGAGCAACUCUUUGACAUGGAGAGAAUUUCAGUAUAUUCAGAGCAAGCUAGGAAUUGUUUCCCUUCUACUGGGCACAAUACACGCAUUGAUUUUCGCCUGGAAUAAGUGGAUAGAUAUAAAACAAUUUGUAUGGUAUACACCUCCAACUUUUAUGAUAGCUGUUUUUCUUCCAAUUGUUGUCCUGAUAUGUAAAAGCAUAUUAUUCCUGCCAUGCUUGAGGAAGAAGAUAUUGAAGAUUAGACAUGGUUGGGAAGACAUCACCAAAAUUAACAAAACUGGGAUGUCUUCUCAGCUGUAGAAUUACAGUUUACACACAUUUUUAUUAAAUAUUGAUAUAUUUUAUCAUCAGCAUUUCAAGUUUGUAUUUGUUAAUAAAAUGAUUAUUCAAAGAUCUUAAUGUUUCUCUUCAUAUAUGUGUGAUGAGUUUAAAAUAUGUGUAUUUCCUUGUAGAUUUGAUUCAAAGCAAAAAAAAAUCUUUUUAAUACUAAUCUCUAGCACUUUCUCUGUAAUAAAGGUAAGCAUGCCAAAAUAGCAUCUGAUUUGUCAGAUUAAAUAGCAUUACAAAUAAUCAAGAGCUUUGAAAUACCAGUCCUUGCUACCCAUUAGACAGGUAUCAUUAUGAAAAAAUUAUUUUAUCUGAAUCUCCAACAAAAGCAUAAUAAGCAUUUAUUCACUAUUACUAAAGAGCUUUAAUUUGUCUGUACCCAGGUUUUGCUCAUGGAACACCUACCUCAAAAAACACAGACUGUGUCUAUACAAGUAAAGCAGCAGAGUAAUAUCAGAUACAGUCAGGCAAAAUAGAACUCAGGCUAUCCAGGAGAAAUAGUAAAUUCAAUAAUUUCCACCUGAGUUAUGUACAAUUCAGUUUAGCUUACUUUAAUGCAUUGGCAAAGCUUAACAUAAAACAUUCCCUGAAAGAACAAACUAUACAUUAGCUGUCAGGACUUGCUAACCCAACUAUGUGCUUCAGAGGUUUUCCAUGAUUAGCAAAAGUAAUCACAAGCUUUAUCUUUUAUAGUGGUGAACCAUUUAUUAUUAAAGACAAUAGAGAUAAUGGUGCAAAUUAGGAAAAACAAUUAGGCUAUUCAGUAAGUGGAGUCCAGUUUUUCUAUUUUUUCUAUCGCAAAUGAUGAUUAUUCAUUAUUACAUGGGGGAUAACGAACUUCCCUGGGCACAAAUUUGAACUCUGCAUUAUUGAGGUUCAGACAUACAGAGAUAUAUUCACAGACAGUGAAGAAAGGAGUUGAGAGCAGCAAUUCUGAACUGACGACAGAGCAGACGAGAGUGUCCUUGAGAAAAAACUCAGCAUAAAAGAAAAAUAAAUCUAGGACUUUAGAAUUGCAAACCAGAUUCAUCAAGGGCACAUAACUAUGGGACCACUUAACUAAGCAUGACACAUGUCAUUGCAUAAUCAACCAGCUCUGAGACGCAGCAGUCAAGUAACAUAGUUUCACCUGCAUGGCAAAGUGUCAGCACCUCCGGUACUGAGAAGGAGAAAUCAAGUACCAAGUACCUUCCUAGUACCAAGACAUAGAGGCUGCAGCUGAAGUGACACCUCAGUGAAGCUUUCAGGAACAACAGCCCAAGUUCUGACUUGAUUAUUGAACCCCUGCCUUGGUAGCCAUGGUAACAAAGAACAACAGGCCUAUUCUGAAACAGAGAAUAUACCUUUUUGAGGAUUACUAGUUACAGGAAAAGGAAUCAACAAGGUCCUUAAAAGCAAGGCACAAAACAUCUAGAUUCCAUUUUUACUCAUAGAUUGAUAAGAACUAAACCACUCUUUGUAGCUUUUGUGAAGUUUUUACAAUAGUUGGGUAGUAUUUUUAUGAGCUGAAGAAAACAAUAAAAGUUGUCUUUAAAAGA